CAUACCGUCCUUCCGAGAGUAUCGACGUCGUCGUCGUCGUUGCCGUCGUCGUUUAGGCGUUUCGAGUUUGAUCGUGUUUUUUUUACAUCACGCAAUUCCCUCUGAGGAAUCCUUUCACCUUCAAGUGCUCCUCCGACAUCACGCUAGCAUACAACAAAUUAAAGUUACCGGGUACUAGUGUCUAGCGAUCGUGUCCCGGUGUCGUGCUGUGUCAGCUUGAAUCUCGCUGCAAAAAUAAGUUGGCACAACAAAAUUCGGCCAAGUUGUUAAUAAUGUUCAAGGGCAAACCGGUGGCCGGAAUAAGAGGAUUUCCCCACCACAACCUCUGACGCCAUGCCCAUGAUCCAAAUGCACAACGCUCAAAACGGCACGCAGGAAUGUUCGAUCCGUUCGAUUACCGACAGCAAACGGCAGCAUAGGGAAGUGCAUGUGCAAGUGCAAUCGGUGCAAGCAGGAAGUGUUCCUCGGCGCUCGCAGAUCGCAGACCCUCUGUUGUGCAGGAUGCAAUUGCCCACUGACGACCGGUUGAUGCGAGUGAAAGUGUGUGAAUUAUGAUACUUAUUGUUUGGUUGACUUCCGACGACGUACGGUUUGCGGUGGUAUUUCCCCAGGAUUAAGUUGAAUUCCCGCACGAUGAUUUAGUCCACUGUGUGCUGUUAAGGGUAGAUUGUGAGCUGUGUACCGAUCUUAGUGUGUUGUUUCUUGGUGGGUUUUAUCACUUUUAAUCAUUUGUGUUGCGGUAGCACAAGGCAGUGAACGGGCGUUUUGGAUGGUACACACGGAAGGACACAGUAACGCGUUCACUCUGGAGUUCAAUCAAAUACACGAAGGUGGAGCCAUGUACAUAUCAUGUGGGAGUACGGAUAGCACUCCCAUGGAGCCGGAAACGGGCUAUGUCCCGAACAAUCCCCUCUUCGGGAUGCCCCUCGACAGUCCGCAGGAAUGCCCAUCGUCCUGCGGUGGUAGUGGCUGUUCCAGCUGUCAGGAGAACGCAGCAUCAUUGCCCCUUGCGGGACUGCACGGAUCGGAUUUCAGCGACUGCGGAAACUGUCUCGACCACAGCGGUGUACUGAGCUCACAAAGCAAUCUUGGCAGUUACUGGAGCGAGGACAUGAGCACAUUCCCGGGUCUGCCUCCACUGGACAUCGAUCCGCUACCAAGUUUGUUUCCCUUUUCCCCCUGUGGAGCUUCCUACAAUAGACCUGAGCGACCGACGCACGACGUUGCGGAUGUGCUGCUGUCCCUGAAGCACGCCGUCCUCAAGCAGAGUCCGGAUCCGCCACCCAUCGGCCAGGGACAGAACUUUGCUACCCCGCAAGCUUCCCUCUCAUACACGGUCCAUCCACAGAUGCUGCUCUCACCCGCCGGUCACCAUGGACAUGGAUCGCAUGCGCACUACAACCAGAUGCAGUCGCAAACGGGUGGUCCGUAUGGUACCAACUACUAUGACUCGUCCUGCGCACAACACACGGCUCCACCGAUGUACCCAAGCAUGAGCGUCAACGUGAGCAUGAACAUGACGAUGCACGGGUACGGUGCGGAAGCGUCCGUCCCCAUGCAGUGUUCCCAGAUGCAGUGGGGAGCUCAAAAUGCAGCCUCCUCGGUGAAUGUCCUCUAUCCGCCUCUGCUCAGUCCGGUACCGUAUCCUCCCGGGACGACCUACUCCUUCACGGCUGACUUUCGACCACAAAGUCAACCACCGGCACCGCCUCCCUCGAGCGGCUCCAUAUCGCCUCCACCCGUCCACGACUCCUCCCGUAGUUCGUCUACGCUGACGCCCCAAAAACAGACUCUCCCGCAAGCCCAGCAACAUCUUCAACAACAACAUCAGCAGCAGCAGCAGCAGCAACAGCAGCAACAACAGCAACAACAACAUUUUCAACAACAGCAACAACUCCAACAGCAACAGUAUUAUCAACAUGCACACCAUGCCCACCAUCAUCCGUCCCAGCAUCAUCAUCUCCACCACCAUCACCAUCAUCAUUCGCAGUCGGUGUCGGCCGCCGUGUCACCAAAUGACUGCACACCACCAAAGAGCACGACUCCGCCCGACUUUAGCACCGCCGUGGAUCAGUCCACGACACCGACCACAACAUCAGUCGCCGCAGUUGCUGCAGCGGCGGCAGCAUCCGUGGGCUUUGCGGCUGCGCUGAAGAUGAAGGCGGAAAGUCGUUCCUUGGGGCUUGGAUUUGUGGACGCCGUCGAUCAGCGAACGACGGCCGGAGUUGACGACGAGGAGGAAGAGGAUGGUAGCGGUAGUGGCAGUGAUGGGGCACCCGGAGGUGACAAUAAACCGAACCUCUGUCGGCUGUGCGGGAAGACGUACGCACGGCCAAGCACGCUGAAGACGCAUCUACGGACGCACUCGGGCGAACGGCCGUACCGGUGUCCGGACUGCAACAAGAGCUUCUCGCAAGCGGCCAACCUGACAGCACACGUCCGCACGCACACGGGCCAGAAACCGUUCCGGUGUCCCAUUUGUGAUAGGCGCUUCUCGCAAAGCUCCAGUGUUACGACGCACAUGCGAACGCACUCUGGCGAACGGCCGUACCGGUGCCGGGCGUGCAAGAAGGCGUUCUCCGACAGUUCCACGCUGACGAAGCAUCUGCGGAUACAUAGUGGUGAAAAGCCGUACCAGUGCAAGCUUUGUCUCUUAAGAUUUUCACAGUCUGGCAACCUGAAUCGCCACAUGCGUGUCCAUGGCAACAACGGACAAGCACUGAUUGCUUGACACCAAAAAACGUCGCAGCUAUCAUCCACCUCGUCCGUCGGUCAUAGCAGCAUUCUGGCGCAACACGCUUUGCCACCACACUACCACCGCCAUUCCUACCAAUCGUACCAGCAUCAUCAAUACCAGCAGCAGCAGCAACAACAGCAAC